GAAGAUAGUUGUCAAAUCUAUUAGUCGAUUCGAUUGUCUUUCUUUGAAGCAAAUUAUAUAUUUGAGAUUUAUUAUUCUUAAUCAAACCUUAAUCUAUCUACGAUGUUAUUGUGAAUUUCUAAAACGCGACAAGUUUAAUAUUGUUGCGGCACAGAAUGUGGGUGCCGACUAAGUCUCCUAAAUUAGCAGUCGCUGUUUACAACUGGAAGGGAGAUGUUCGGUCUGGGUUGCCGUUGGAAAUUGGAGAAACUGUGCAGAUACUAGAAGAACACUCAGGAUGGUGUCGCGGCUUCAGCACGAAGGACAGAUCAGCAUGGGGCAUCUUUCCGCUCUGCGUGGUGUCCGUACGGCCAUGCACUGUAAAGGGUUCUGGACCAACGGCCAUUGCCGAGCUAAAAGACGAUCCUCUAGUUCGGGAGAUCGCUGUUGUGCUGAGAGAAUGGGCGCGACUGUGGAAGAAACUUUAUGUGGAACGCGAGACUUACCGGUUCAGCGCCGUGGCGAAAGUCAUGAGAGAACUGCUCAGCGGCCGACGGGCGUUGCUAGCUGGAACUCUUACCCAAGAUCAGACCAGGGCGCUGCGGCUGAAGCUCGUUGCUAAACUCGACUGGGGGAAUCGGAAACUGGGCCUAGAGCUGGUGCCACGGCGGGGUGCAGCGGCGGUGGAGCCGGAGGACAUGAGUCUAGUGGAACUGUACAGGGUACACGUAGAAAGUGCCGAGCGUGCCGCUGCAUGGCGUGGGACCCUGCGCCGUGCCGGCGGAUCAGGCAGCAGCUUCAACUCCGGAACCCUCACAAACACGAGUCUCACCAACGGCACCACCACAGUCCAAAGCCAUCACCUCAUGUGCAGCAUGCGGGACUUCGGCCAUACAGCCGGCGGGGACGAAGCGGAACUGUUACUAUGGCUACAUGAUGCGAGAAGAGCCCAGCCUUUGUCAGAAAGGUUCAGAGUCAGGAUAGCGAGGGACGGCUUCUCGAACUAUGUGGACAGACUGCACGCGAAUAGCACAUUAUUUGCAGACCUGUCAACGACGGAUCUCUCCCGCGAACUAUGGCUGGUCGCGUGGGUAAUUCGCGUCGGGCGCUGGGCGGGCGCGGGCGGCGGCGGCGGCGGCACGGGCGAGCGGCGCGGCCCGGUGGCCCGCCGCCCGCUCGGGGCGGGCGUGCUGCCGCUGGCCGAGUUCCUGCGGCAGCCGGUGCAGGGGUCGACGGAGAAAGAGUACACUUUCAAGGUAUACCAAAGCGAAGAAAAAGACUUUCAUCAGUUACACGAUAUGCUGAUCCGGAAGCAGACUAAUAAAUGUAAUGUUUUACCUGGACAACCGAACUAUGGCAUAGUAGUAGCACUUAGACUACUAACCAACGCAGGCAGCAUCAACGAAGCCGUGGCUUCAGGCGCGACUGUGACAGCCAAACGGGGCUUCCCUGACGUCAUCAUGCCCGGAGACGUCCGGAAUGACCUGUACUUGACUUUAGAAAAGGCCGAGUUUGAAAGGGGAGGGAAGAGUACAGCGAAGAAUGUGCUGGCUACGGUCACGGUGCAUGAUAACACAGGACAGACUAUUAGUGAUUGUGUAUGGGGCGCGAGCGGCAGCGGCGCGACGCUGUACGAAUCCCUCGUGCUGUACCACAACAACAGCCCCGCGUGGGGCGAGCAGCUGCGCCUCACCGUGCCGCUCGAGACCUUCACGCUGGCCCAUGUGCGCAUCGAGUUCCGGCACUGCUCCACACGUGAUAAGAACGAGCGGAAGCUAUUCGGGUUCUCUUUCGCCCGCCUGAUGGAGGCGAGCGGCGCCACGCUACGCGACGGCGCACACGAGCUCUACGUGUACAAAUGCGACGAUCCCGCCAAACUAGCCACAGCGAGCUACCUGUCGCUUCCUUCGUGUAGUGCUGACGCAGCCCGCACGCCCACUAACGGCGUCGUGGUGUCUUUCCAAAGAAGUUCCAAAGAAAACUGUACCAUCAGCACGCUUUUAUGUUCUACUAAACUGACACAGAAUGAGGACCUCCUGGCGCUGUUACAAUGGCGUGCUCGGCCAGAGAAGGUGCAAGAAACGCUUUUGCGGGUGCUGCGGCUGGGCGACGGACUCAGUUGUGAAGAGCUCAUCAAAUUCCUGAGAGACGUCCUCGACGCGCUAUUCGCACUCUUUUCCACUGAGGACGGGAACAGUACGCCGCACUCGGGAACAGUGUUUUUGGUGCUAGUUUCCAUCUGCAGUCUGUUAGACGAGAGCCGAUUCCAGCAUUUUAAGCCCGUGCUGGAUGUUUACAUCGAAGAGCACUUUUCAGCUGCCUUGGUGUACAAAGGUCUGCUAUCCUCAGUGCAACAUUGCGCCGAAUGGGCAGCGGGCGCCGAAGGCCAAGAACCAAUCAGAAAGUGUCUCCGCUCUCUCGGCGCGGUGUUCCGCCUCGCUGUCCGCUCCCGGCGCCUGUUCGCGCGCGCCACGGGCGGGCAGUAUGAAGACAGCUUCAGGCGCGAUGUGCGGGCAGCGCUACAUGCGCUUAAGGCACUCGCGCAACAUCCGCAUAGGGACCACCUAGCGCCUGCACAGGUGGCCCUAAUGACAUCAUGGGCGAGCGUGGCCAAAGAAGUGGCUUCAGCGCUGGGGCCGGUGGAGGCGGCGCGCGUGACGGCGGCCAUGCUGGACGCUCCCGCCGCCAACUCGCCGCCGGCGCUGGCAAAGGCUCGGCUCGCUGCAGCGCAGGAGAUACUCAAGGGACCGCUGGGACAGGAUCCCGAGGCCCGCAACAUAGUCCUAACAACGGCAUGCCACCACCUCCGAGUCCACCUCGCUCGGCGUGACGAGCUCUCUCAAUGCGCUGAGAUGCUCGGCGAACUAGUCUCGCUGCUAUGGAAAAAGGAAGACCCGGAAGAAGCGGUUGAUCCGGACGAAUUGGAUCCGGACGUGGAUGUUCUGUGUCUGAACACGCUGGAUGUACUUGUGGAGACUGUGCUGCAUUUGAUUGGAGGGAAUUCGCCAGUACUGGGAUCAAUGGUGGCCGGUCUACUCGGCUGCAUGGAGCUGCUGAAGCCAGCCCACUAUCAAAGACUGUGGAGCCAUCUCGCCCCGCACCCACAGGACCGAAAGCCGCUCAAGGAUUUCCUCAUGCGGGCCUUCUUGGUGUUCCGACACCUUAUUGAACAGGAUGUUUUCCCGGCCGACUGGAUGGUGUUGAGAGUACAAAGCUGCAAAGUACUGCUUUCCGCAUUACAAGAUUUGGCUAAGCCUUUAUUGGAGAGGUUCUUGGGCGAUGAACCUCCGCAAUUUGAUUCUCAACUAUGGUCGGGGUACAUGGAGCUGGGCGUGGCGCUGGUGACGUCGAGCGCGCUGACGCCGGAGCGCUGGGCGGGGCGCGGGCCCGACCGGCCGCGCAUGCGCGCCGCCGCCGGCCUGCAAGUGCUGGCCGUGUGGGGCCGGCUCGGCGCGGCUCAACUGCACCUAGUGCCGGGCGCAGUGGGCGCCUUGCUGGAGAUCACGCUGGUGGGCGAGCUGCGGCGCGCCGCGCUGGGCGCGCUGGUGUCGCUGAUGGCCAUGGAGCGCGAGGCCACCGGCUCGGCGCGCCGCACCGAGGCCGCGCUCGUCGACAAGCUCGACUCGCUCGUCGCCGACAACAAGGCCGACGACCACUACCGCCGGCUGUUCGACUGCGUGGAGCAUCUAAGUUCUGUGCUCAUGGAACGCGUAUCAACCGAGGGCUGGCGUGAGGCUGGCGCGGCAUUCGUAGGCUGCGUGACGCGCUUACUGGAGCGGCUGCUUGAUUAUCGCGCCGUCAUGCAGGGCGCCGAGCACCGCGACAAGAGGAUGGCUGCCACCGUCAACUUACUUAGCUUCUACAAGAACGAGAUCGACCGUAAAGAGAUGUACUUACGCUACGUUUACAAACUGCACGAUUUACACAUUGCGUCGGACAACUUUGUUGAAGCCGGGUGCACGCUAUUGUUAUACGCAGAAACAUUGAGUUGGGAGAGCGAUCAAGUUGGCGUUGAUCCAGAAUACCCUGAGACACCGGAAUGGAAGCGAAAAGAAGCCCUAUACAAUCAAGUCUUACAGUACUUUGAUCGGGGAAAGUGCUGGGAAAAAGGUCUACCAUUACUGCGAGAACUGGCAACCCUUUAUGAACAGAAGCUCUGCGACUACGCACGACUCGCUCACUGUCUGCGGACCCACGCGACUUUCCUGGACUCAAUACUGACGCAACUUCGCCCGGAGCCUGAGUACUUCAGGGUCGGCUUCUAUGGAAAAGGAUGCCCGCUGUUUGUGAGGAACAAGCAGUUCGUCUAUCGCGGCUACGAUUACGAGCGCAUUGGCGCUUUUACGCAGCGUCUGCAGUCCGAAUACGUCGCUGCACACAUUAUGAUGCGUAACACACCACCCGACGACUCAAUCAUUGCUAACGACUCGCAAUACAUCCAGAUCUGCAACGUGAAGCCGGUGGCCGCCCGGCGGCAGUGGGGCUCGGGCGCGCCGGAGCAGGCGCGGCGCUUCUACGCCUGCAACGACGUCAACACCUUCCUGUGCGACCGCCCGCUGCACAAGCCGCCCAUCGACAAGGACAACGAGUUCAAGAGUCUCUGGAUUGAAAGGACGACAUUGGUCACCGAAAACACGCUUCCUGGAAUUCUGAGGUGGUCUGAAGUUGUUUCAAGAUCAGUUGAAGAAAUUCCACCUGUUGAAUUCGCCUGCGAAACCAUGGAGUCGACGGAGCGCGAGCUCCGCGGCCUCAUAUCGCAAUACACCGCCGACCCGACGCGCAACAUCAACCCGUUCUCCAUGCGGCUGCAGGGCACCAUCGACGCCAACGUGCAGGGCGGCAUCAGCAAGUACGAGCAGGCCUUCCUCACGGCCGAGUUCGCGCGCGGCGCCGCGCCCCGCGAGGCGGCCGCGGCGGCGCGGCUGCGGCGCCUCGUGGCCGACCAGCUGGCGGUCGUGGACGCCGGCCUGGCUCUGCACGGGAGGCUGGCGCCGGAGGAUGUCAAGCCUCUGCAUAGGCGACUCGUGGAACGAUUCAAUCAAUUGAGGCAAAACCUGGGGCCCGGCUUGGCUAGAGCUAGGCGGCAGAUGUCAGAGAGCAUUGUCAACACCCCGCUACCACCAGUGCCGCAAAUGGAUAAACGAUCGCAGAGUAUACAACAGAACGAUAAUUUCUAUGAGGAUGGCCAUCUCUAUAACAAACCUAUCUACUCACUAGAGGACUGCGUCGAGCACCGGCCGGAGAGCAUAAUGUCAACGAGUUUACCAUUGAGCGGCGAGAAGAGUGACGGGGACGACUCCAUGAUCAAGUCCGCGCCGCCUCUACCAUCGAGGCCCAAGUCCGGCGACCCCAGGAGUCCCACUCGGCCUCCACUCGACAAGUAUCGCGAGUCGUUGGACGGCGAGGCGGUGGAGCCGCGCCGCCACAGCCGCGCGUCGUGGAGCGAGCCCGGCGACGCGCCGCCGCUGCCGCCGCGCGUCUCGGGUUCAGCGCGGUCCUGGACGGAGGUGCCGCCGGCGGUGCCGCGGCGCGCGCGCGACGAGCCCCGCGCCGAGCUGCGCGCCGACGACGCGCGCGACUCCGGCGUCAGCGUGGGCGCCGCCGACCACAGCUACACCAACGCCGACGACCACCGCCGCCACCACGUUUCAGAUUUCGACCUAACUGUGGAAUCUUUGCGCUACGAGGAAAUAAUCUCAAUGAUGUCGGAGCCGCUGCGCGUCGACGAGGGCGAGACGCCGCCGCCCAUCCCGCCCAAGGGGCUCGGCCACCUCAGCAGCUUCGACUCUGGGCACCAUGAAAACGGCGAGACCAACUGCUAGGCCCCUACUAGGUGAGCUGUUUAGGAGAACUUAUUCUUCUUCUUCACAAAAAAAACAAGGCUAGAGCUUCCUUGAAUACGCUAGAGCUCCAGCUUAAGCUUUAAUCUAAAAUAUCCUGCCAAACUAUAUUUCAAAUUAGAUCCUGUGACAUCGAGAUUAAAGUUCAAAGUUGCUUCCCGUUAGAAUCUUUAGAACGAUUAGCGCCUAUAAAAAAUAUAUAGCAAUGAUUUUGAGGCGGCUCAUUGCUUCUCAAGUUUACUCCGUCACAUCCUGCAACUCGUAACUUUAAGCUUGUAUUAUGAGAUAUUCCUUUUUACUAGGUAAUAUCGUAUUCGCUAGAAAUAUAGCAUUAGUAAAUGUAUUAUUUAAAUAGGCGUGCAUAUCAUUCAUUUUAGAGAUGUAGCUGCGAAGUGUGAUUUGUGGCAAUUUAUUUCUUAGACCUUUAGUUUUCAACCGGGGCCAUAUGAUACGUGAUACAGAAUAAAAUAAAAACUCAGAGAUGCAUAACCAAAAUCGAAUAAAUCGUUCCACUAUUGUAGAUACGUGAAAUUCCGCUAUUUUAAGUUGUGGUAGCAAAGCAUUUAACUGGUAGCUCUGAGAAUUUAUUAAGUAGAUAUAAGAAGAUUAUGACAUGGAGAUUUGUAAUAGGAAUUGUUUCAGUAUUUGUGCAGCUUUUUCUCACUAUAAUGUGCACAAAUGCUAUUAUUACAUUUUACUUUAAUAUUUUAUUUUAUUUGAGAAAAAAUGUAUUUCUAUUGGAGAUUUUUUAAAUAUAAUUUAUAUGUAUAGACUACGUGUACACCGUCAAACCUGCAAAAGCUAUUGUUACUUGUUUGCUGAAAUAUUCUCCGAUGCCCGUUAAUUACCAUUUUAACGUAGCUAUAUUAUUUUUCUACACUACACCGUUGAAGGUAAAAUAAUAUAACUUUUUAAGUAUUUUUAAUUAAUUAUUUAAUAAGAAAAAAGCAAUUGAAGUAAAAUGUACAUUUACCAAAUGGUACUUAGUAUGCAAUUUAACGUAGGUACGAGUACAUUGGCCGUUUAUAUUAAUAAUUGUUUCUCAAACACGAAAAUAUGGAUACUCUUUUAACAACUUAAUAAACCAAGGCAUUUGAUAAUGUACAAGGUAAAAUUACGCUGAAGUGAGAAACAGUAUUUCAGAGACGUAAACGCUGGCAGGUUUCACGGUAUCAAGUUCGACUUGAAUGCAGAUUUUCUUAUAAUCAUUUUAUAUAAAAUUAUUACCGCGCAAUCAAUUAUGUAGUUAAUUAUAAGAAAGUUUUACUUUGUGACAAUACUAUCUAAUAUUAUUUAAUUUCAUUAAAAUUUCCGCAGUAGCUCAAGUAAAUUCGUACCAUUCCACUAAGGCUGAUUAAACAGCAGUUUGGAUACGUUUACACGCAUUUUUUUAUUGCUUCAGAACAAUAUAGGUAAUAAUGAAGUCUUCAUAAUAUUCAGAAAUUGGCAGCAUUAAAUUUAUACAAUAGGGUUUAAAUAUAACAUUUAACAUUUGCUUGAGAAUGCUCUGUUGGCAGCAAAGCAAUCAAUGAAGGGUAACUAUGCAUCCCGUAUGUUCUAUACGUCCGAGUACUCAUUACGAGUUUGAUCACGAGUACCCAGUGUUAUAACAAUGUCUUUCGUUUUAUGGAACGUAUGGACAAUGUCCACAAUUUAUAGACCUCAAAAUGGUGCAAUGUUUUAAUUAUUUUAUACAUGAACUUCUCAUAGCGUUUUGACGAACUUAUACGAUCGUUUUAUUUACAUUUAAUGUUCUAACGAUAUUGAAAUAUUGAUGUGAGAUAUUCCAAAUUAAAAGUGAUUUAGUUUUAGAUAAAUAGGAUUGUCAUUAAUUUUUUCGGCUAAGUUUAGAUCUCGAACGUUUUAUGAAUUUCUAUUUGAGAUGACUUUAAAUUAACGCAUUUAUACAAAAAACAUUUUUAGGGAUUAUUUAACAUAAAAUAUGCAAAUAACACAUAUUUCUGACUUCUUCUUACACAGGUUUUCAUAAUAACGUGAUAUUUUGAUACGUUUCUAUUCGAUACUGUAGUUUUUUUAUCUUGUACUCUUAAGACUUAGCUGUUAAGUUGACGAUUUCAACGAACAAUAUACAUACAUGUUUAUUCAUAUGUUAUUAUACACUUGUAACUCAUACAAUUUGGUUAGUACAUGCAUGUUGGUAUAGUUAGUAAGCAGUGAACACCAUUUGAUGUUCAGCAUCAUAUAACAAAGUAAUAAAAGGUGUUCCUAAAUGUGAUUUUUUUAAGUUUGUUUCUUUGAGCCAUCUAAAUUGUCGAUGAUGAUCAAAGCUCCUCGAAAUACGUAAAACAACAAUAGUGUUUUGAAAAAGACAAUAAAUUGUCUGAGCUAACUAGGCAGCUAAAUUGUUAAAGGUGGUAAACUAGAUUUACUUGAUCCAUGCCAAGAUACCAUCUACUAGAAAAGUGCCGUACUAAUGCCUCCGAAAUCGUCUAAUUUACGUGGUACUGCUGUAAGCAGGACAGGAACCUUCAAACGGUUCAACAUAUUGUAAGUAAAGCCAUCAGCCCGCGUCUAAGAUUAGGUUGGAAACAAACUUAAAAAAGUAUAUCUAUUUUUUAUAAAUCAUUAAUUGUAAAUGCAGUCAGACAUAUUAUGCGCAGAAUCAUGCAUGUUGAAAAAAAUAAAUUAAAAACAAGUAGAAAUAAAUUUGUUUUCCAGUAACUGAAAGAUAAUAUAAAAAAAUAUAUAUUUAUCCUUGUUUAGCCUUGGCAGUGGAAAAAUACUGUUAUUAUUUAAAUUAAUUUAUUAAAAAUAGAUUUACAAGGAUGGAUUGUUUUUUUGGGCCCGGUGCUUAAUAUGUCUAACUCAUGGAUUAUACAAUGAAAUUUCAAUUAAAUGUGAAUUUAUGUUAUUGUGCAUAGUGUCAGGCUUAACAUUUUUAAUAAUGACUAAGUUACCUAAGUUGGGAUGAAUUUGACUGAUCUUAUUGAUAGUUUGUAUGUACACAAGUGAUUAUUGUAUUACUUUAAUGAAUUAUCUCAUUAGGAUAGACUAUUAUCAUUAUUCCAUAUAGCUAAAACCUUAUUUGUAAUCAAACCAAAAAAAUAUUGGGCUAUUUUUAUAAUCUUAACUAUUCUUUGGAUUCCUUAUUUAGAAAAUAAACCGAUUAUUUCGCAUAGAUGCUACGGUCUUCCACUAAGAUUUCUUCGGACUAUUCAAACUUCCUAUCGGCUAUUUAUAUGGCACUGAUUGAAUGUUGCACUUAAAGUAACUAUUUGUAUUGUCAAUAAUAUGUUUCAGCGUUAUAUUAAAAUAGUGUAAAAGCAGCGAGGCGACAUAACGAUUUGUCUGUUUGUGUUUGAAAUAUUAAUUGACAUUAAUAUUUAUACAUUAAAAGUCAAUCAAGAAAUACCUACAAAUCGCCAACUGAUAUAAGUCGCAAUCAGUAUUAAUGAUAUUAUAAAAUAAUAAUAACAUUUUGUUUGGCUGUACGAACUUGAACUUCACUGUUUAUGAUUGGUGUAGAAUGUGGAUGGAAUGAUUGGUGUAAAAACUAGCGUCUAGUGGAGGCCAAUGCAAUGUUAAGUACAAAGCUUAGUCUUAAAUUAAAUGGAAAUUAUUAAAUAGUGAAGACAUGUAGCCAUUUGUAAUUCAAACGGUCGAAAUAAAUAUAUAGAAUGGAUCGU